GAGUAUUACAAGUCACGAUCGGCAUCCCCAGAAUUGUCUUCAAUUCGCAGAGCAGCAUAGUUGAAAGUCCACCAAUUCCUGUGAACUAUGAAGAUCAAACACGCGUUUUAGAUCUCGACGGAGGGGUUCAUUGCUAUACAGGUGCUCUCAAUCACGUUAUCUGUAUCACAGUUAUGCACGGUGGACAACAUAACCCGGCAUGCAAAUCAUGCGUCUUUGAUCCGCUGAGGCAUCUCCCAAGUAACAUCCUUUCGUGUCAUGUGCGGAAGAAGUCAGGGUCUCGCCAUCUUUGACGAAAACAAUAACCUAGUUGAGAACUCUGAAGUAGAAGUUGACUGCUGUGUAAUUCAUACAUUGAUGCGGAUGUGCAAACCGUCACAUACAGGACUCAGGAAAAAGUCCUUUUCUGUUGCCGGGAAGUUAUAGCCUUGUCCAGAGGAUUGCACGUCGGCAUCACCGUCGUGCAACAAAAGUUCUACAGAUGGUUUCACGUAUGCAUAGCACGAAGCACUACGAGCGAGCAAGAUAUGGAAAGGAUGGCUCAACGAUCGUAAACGAAGAACAGAUCCCGCUACUCGGUCUCGUGGGAGCUGCGAGAUCUUGUGGGUUCCACAUCUUUCCAGGGAGUACCAGAAGCAUCUACAGUGCGUUCUUGAACGAUGCCAGGCAGCCUCCAAAUCGAGACCUUCAACUGCUGCAUGAGCGCCAUACGUGGUCGCCCGUAUGCAAGACAAGCUUGGCAUUCACGGUGACGUUUCUGGCACCCGUCCCACAUCACCUCCCCAUUCCAUUCCGACCUCGCUUUCCAUACCACAUCACUCGCAUAGACAAUCUCGUUCAUACAACUACAUUAACUACCUCCCGUCCAUAGGCCGACCAUUCGAGCUGUACGAGCUUCCAAAGCCUCCACGCCUCACAGCCCCAAACCAAAGCCGUCGGUUAUACGUGAAAUGAAUUGACUUAUAAAAUGCCGGCCCCUCGUUGCUCCACUUCACUCCGCCCGCCGCGCCCAAAUGCCAGUCCGUUCCUACCGGUCGCGAACGUGCAGAUUUCUCACAAACCUGCGAUUUAAAUUCCGGGGGCCUCCUCGCUCACCGGCUCUGCGGGUCAGGCGGGUCACGCGCAAACGUAGGCGGCCUCCGUACACGCACAUACUGUACAGAGACCGAUUUUCAAGUCUUGAAAUUAGACGAUAAAUGUUCAUUCUGAGUCAGUCGAGGAUCUUGAGAUGACAGAGUUUGAUCGAGUCGGCGGUGGCAUGAGAUGCAAGCAAGCCAUUGGAACGAGUGGGUUCCGUCGAUGGUAUGGACCGGCUUGAGGAUGGAGGAAGGAAUUGAUGUUUGAGGUAUACGAGUGUGCGCCGACCAUGUUGUAGAAAUCAUGUCUCUGCAGGCAGCCUGCAGAUAUAUUCGUGUCAUACGGAAAUGUGAUUUUCAAAUGAUGGUGGUGAUAAGAAUAAUAAUAAUCUGGAGGUCGGGAGUCGUCAAGUGAUGGAUCGUUUGAUUGAUUAUUCGUGGCUCGAGGACAGGGCACGUAAAAUGAGUUGGGAGGAGUACCUAAACACAAGAGCAAAUCUCGUCCGGACGAGGACGGACGUUCGUUUCACAUGGCCGAUGUAUGCUCGUACGGGCCGGGCAGCCUUGUGUCUUGGUCGUGGAGGCUGAAGUGAGCGAUGAGGGAAAAAGACACUGCACCUGGGGACGGAGCGCGGGGUGGAGUUUCUAAGACUGUAUUUGUAUACGAGGAAUAUGGUUGGAGUCCGGAUGAUGGGGUUGAUCAUAUUGGGGCCGGAGCGAGAGGGACGGUAGGGCGAAUGUGGGCAUGGGAGGUAGAGGGAGGAAUGAAGUGGGAAGGAAGCACGAGGUAUGGAUCAAGAAGCACGAGAUGCCUUUUGUCAGAUUACUCUUGGAUUGUGAGGAGACGAGGUGAUGAGAUGUUGGAGUAGAGGAGUAUUAGUGGCAUUAAAUAUGCUGCAGGAGCGAUGGAGGGAGGCAGGGAGAAUGCAUGGCAAUGAUGAUGACCGUCCUUGGAAUCGUCAGCUUCAUCGGAGGUGCAUUGCUCACGCCUUCUUCUCGUUUACGAAAACCUGAGAUUCUAUCUUCUUCCUGCCUGCCUCCUCGCUCCCUCCCAUCAUCUCGCAUUCUUCCACUCGGCUGCGCGAAUUGUUCAAAGGGUUGGUUGGUUGGUCGGUCGGUCGGUCGUAUCCGGAUGGGUCGAUCAGCUUGUCCAUAGCAUCUACUACGGUCUGAGUAUCUCACAUCACCAAAAAGAUGCAGCGAGGUCUACAGCUACUGUAGGAUUGAUAAUUAGUAGCAGUCGACGAUGUGAGCGUUGCCGUUUUACGUGAUGGAUUUCACAUCCAACUGCCCUCAAUUUCUGAGAGCCUCCUUCCUUUCCCCUACUCCUUGAGCCGGUCCGUGAUGGGUUCUUCCAUGACUCGUAUGAUGCUGAAGAUCAUCAUCUCAUAAAGGUCUGAUGCAGCCUCGCUUUGUAAGCCGCAUCAUCUGACAGGACCACUAGACACCUUCUCCCUACUUACCACCUAAUUAUUCAUCAUGACGGCAACAUGUCGUAGUCCUGUCUGUGUGACAUCGACCUUCGACGUCGUCCUCUCCGAAUUGCAGAAUUAAGUUGUGCUGAGUUGAAUGAAUUGUACGGGAGCUUUGAACAGUAUUCCUUCACAUCCUCCGCAUCGCUAGCUUCGGUGGGCGGUAGGAAAAUCAAUUAUGUUUACCUCCAUGAAUACAACACACAAUGUCACGAUGCAAUUUCCAUCGUCAUUAGAAAAUUUCUGUAAUUGCACUCACAAAAACCCCUUUCCGUUCUCCACUGCCUUCUACCAGUUUCAAAGUAUGGGUACACGCAUGCCAACCGUGAAUGAACUGGACGGUAGCUUCUUUAGAACGAGCAUAACAUUAAGUGUUGUCAAUUUCUCAAAAGCCUGCUUAUGAUCUAGUUACCACCGCGAUUCUGAGGAAGCGAUUCAGUUGGUGGGUUGUGUUACAGUAUAUCAAGUUACCAUUUCGUUCAUGUAGAGCGUACGUAAUGGAAAACAGUCUCUCUCACUCAGCUCUUGCUGCAAGUUUGUCCGGUCCUGUAAAGUCAGAUUCGAUGCUCGUUCAGUUGAUCCUAUCGUUCAUUCCCAUUUAUAUACUCCAUUUGUAUUGUUCCGUAUGAAUCUGAACCACAUAUGCGAGGGAUGAAGAAUGGAAACAGAGCCAGGUUGGUUGGGGCAUCUUUCAACAUUACCAGAUAUACAACAUUCCUGCUUGCGGGAACCAACUCAUCAGACAUGAACAAAGCUGAGCUCCGGUGACAUCUGUACUUAUUUUCAGAAUCUGGAAAGAAGUACAUAUCAGGAUGUCGUCCCCACAGGAAUGUAUGCUUUUGCACUUCUAGUUUGGACUACAACUUCAGCAAUAAAUUUUGGUUUGUUUGUAUAGACUAUGCUGUGAUUUCAGGUGCUCUAAUAUCUCAAACAGUUCGGUCAAUGAGUGCAACAAUGUGAAGUUUCCUCUUCAAAGAUGAGCAGAGGUAGUGAGGCGGCUUUUUCUGGUGCUUGUCAAUUGACGUAUUGAUAACGAUUAAUCAAGUCUGUAUAUACAACUAUUUCAUUAUUUUUCAAGGUGCGCGUUUCAAAACUGUGGGCGCGAAAUAAGUAUUAGAUUGUCUAUAGAUGAUAUAUUUGCAUUUUGAGAUAAAAAAUGUGAAAUCCUAUGAACUUAUAAGGUAAGAUUGUAGUUUUUUCCAGUUACUACGAUUCUAGCUAUGCUGCCAAUGCAGGGUUUACAACAAUCAAAAGAAAUGUGUUGGGAUCCUAUCACAUUUUAUUGUGACACAAUCUGAUGCGUAAUGAAGCAUUAUGUGAAGGUUGCAUUCGGAACAACAAAGUAAAAACUAGUGUCAAUCUUUAUCCUUCUGUAUGAAGAAUCCAGUAAUACUUUCAUUAUAGCUGAUGUAGUAUAUAAACCGUGAGGGGUGAUACUUUCAGCAGUGAAUUCAAU